AUGGCCAGCUGCUCCCUGAAAACGUCCACUUCGGUGGCCUGCGGGCCCUCCCCCAAGGCCGGGUCUGAGCAGAGCCCGGGAGGCCGGUGGGGCCCUGCAUGGCGCCGUGUGGCGUGUCCGAGUGUGGCCUGCCGUGGCGGGGAGGACACGCCCGAUGGGGGCGAGGGUCGGACUCCUGGCACCCUGCGGGGCGGCGGGGGCUGCGGGGCCCGAGGUGGGGCCGUGAGGCUGCCCUUGGCGAGGCCGUGCCCUGGGGACCCGGGGGGCCCGACCCGCGCCCCUCACCUGGUGUUUUUGGCUCCCGUGGACCAGGACGUGUCAGAGCCCCCCCAGUUCCGCAGCCCGCGGGUCUCCCCGCCGCCACCUCGCCUCUCUGUGCGGCUGCCCCAGCGUCUCCACUCGGGGUCACCCCGUGUCCCCCGCGCGAGAGGCCGGAGAGGCCCCGCCCCCCAGGAUGCCCCCCCCAGCAGCUCCGCCCCACUCACCCCCUCCCCGUCCUUCCCCCUGGUCCCCUCCGGGCGUCCUGCUGCUGGGGGCACAGAGACCCCACGGCCCCCACACCGCCUCCUCUCCUGCCCCAGCCUGUCCCCUCGCAGGGGGUCUCUGCCCCGCGCUGGCGGCCUGCGGGUCCCCAGCCACCCCGCGUUCCUGCCGUUAUGGAUAUAG